AUGGAUUCUGCUCCUCUCAUUGGGGCAUACCAGCGCUACAAAGCCGGCACCGAAAAGCUGAUUCAAUGGCUCUUCGACUCUGCGAGCGCAUGUGGCCCAGCUGCGCCCUCGAACCGUCCGAGAAGCAAGCCGAAAACUCAACCGGCGAAGAGGGUCAGAACCGACGAGCUCAUUCCUCUGGCCCAGAAGAUCAUCGCGGCGAAAGACCCUACCAUCGACAUACCGCUGAAGGUGCUCGAUUGUACCAGAGAUGCGAUCAAGGGACGGCAGCAGUCUGCUCUUUGGUAUGCGGACAAAGGAGAUCUCAUGUCCAACUCCACCCAUCGGCACUUCUUGACUAUACUUGAGGAGAUCUUUGAGAUGCUCAAGCGUGAGGUCAAGAGCCGGCGUCCGAAGCGGAAGAAGAAGAUUGAGCUUGCUACUGAUUCGGCUGACUUGAGUAAUCUCUUUUUGCAUCUGGAAUUAGAAGAUCCUAGUAUCGGUACAGACGAGGCGGACACAUUUGACAAGCCCAAGAGGUCCGCAAAGGCUCAGCAACCCGUCGAGUUGAAAAUGUCAGAGGAGGAUCUUGAGAAUGAGAGGCGCUUUUCAAUCUGGUGCUUGAUGGAUGACUUGCACAAGAUUCGUAUUCAUGUGCGCGGUGUCUGGAUGCAGUACAAGGAUGGCGACUUGAGCCUGCAAACCACAUGUGAGAUCACCGACCGGGCCAUCUACAUCAUCUGCGAGAUACGAGACGACUUCUUGAAUGCGAAUCCAACCCUGGACUCGUGGAGGAACAUCUUGUGUUGUAUUGGACUCGAUCGCUACAUUCGUAAUGCUCGUGGUAUCGCGCCAUGGGUAUGUUCUUCCAAAGAUCACGAGCACGAAGGUCCAUCUACCACAUGCCAUUUCGAUCGCUUGUGCAUGCCUGCAUGGUGUGCACUUGAAGAGUUUGAACGGCUGGUGUGUUGGAUCAAGUAUCAGCAGCCCUUCGAUUCUCCAGGAGAUAGGCCGGUCUGCGCCUUCACGGCACAUCCAUUCGCAAGAGCAUUACUUGACAUCACGGCUGAUCUUGUCCAAUUGGCCCCGAGCCGCCGUUCAGAAUGUCCAAUAUUCGAUCGAUACACUGAGCUUUUGCUCCGGAUGAUCGACGAAGAUCAGACAUAUGGGCCUCAUAACUUGGUUGCAACGCAAAUCUACAUGGACGUCUGGGACGUCCUGGAGAGCUGCCCCGAGAGGGCUCUACUGGAAGCAAAUGCAACGAUAGAGCAGGGAGCCGAGACGACACGCAAUUUCAGYGAGUUCUCGAAAGCUUGCAGCUCCGUCAGCACCAAGAGCGAGAUACGAAUGGACGUUACAGGUGGACCUAUCGCAAAGCCUUGCCAUAGAUGCAAAGUUCAUCAGACGCAGAAAGAUCGCACUGGCUGGACGUACCAAGCAAGUGAAAGCCAAUCGCCGGUAUUCAUCCCAUCCAAUGUCCUGGCCACGCUGCCAGUGUUCUGCGGAGUUACAGCGUUCCGCGAACGAAUCGACCUUACGAUACACGGGAGUCGACUUUGCGACGCCAACCAGUUCACGCUUGCCGCUGCCCACCUUUACAGAGCAGCCAUCGUGCAGGGCUCGCUCAAUACCAGAUGGGAUGACAUGGAGUUUGUGAUAAGCCGCCAGAACUCACGAGACCGUUUCGUCGGUGACAUGGAAGGUCAGGAGUGCGUCAACUUUGUUGCGAGGCAGUACUGCCUUGCACUGGGUAUGAACGUGACGUAA